AUGGCUUCCAGUUCCAAGUCUAAGCCCAUAGCCUAUCACAGUGAAGAAGAAGCAGCGAAAAAAUCGGCGAAGAAGCAGUUUCCAUCGCACACGAGGUACGUAGCUUUUGUGGUUCUAGCCAUAGUUGUGGUGAUGAGUGUAGCCGUGGGGAUUAUUUGGGCAGUGGUCAAACCCAGACGUCCAUAUGUUGUUGUUGAAAAUGGUUAUAUUAUAAAGGGGACUCGCAACAUUUCUGAUGAUAACACUACUCUCUCUGGCUUGUUCAGUUUCGAGUGUAGGUUCUAUAAUCGCAACAAAAAGGCCACUAUAUACUUUGAUACUUUGAAUGCUUCUUCUAGGUUCAGUGAUAAAACAGAGGAACUUGAAAGUCUAGACAAUGGCUUUACUCUAGAACCUGACUAUUCGAUGCCUAUAAAUUUCAAAUUUAGAGCUGAAUUCUGGUCCAUUUAUGGUUUUAUGCCAAAUUACCAAAAGCAGGGCCGUAUUGUACUAGUUAUCUUGUUCAAUGCAAAGAUAAGGUUUGGUUUUGCAAGUUGGAAGUCUCUGCCUCGCUCUAUAAACAUUGACUGUUCCAAUUUAGUGGUCUUCACUGGUCAAACUUUUAAACCCACUGUAUGCAAGGUUGAUUAUUAA